AUGGCUGCCGUCUUGGUGAGGACUCUGUCUAAGUCUUGCAGACAGCUCGCUCGGUCAUGGAUUGGAUGCCAGCCAGGCUGGAGGAGCAGGUCUACCAAAUCUGCGCUGGAGUUGGACUCGGUCCAGACGACCGGGAUGGUGAGCUUCCCUCCCUUGCAGUCAUAUUCAGAAGAGGAGAGUAUGAUGAGGGAAUCGGUGAAAAAGUAUGCACAAGAACGUAUUGCUCCCCUUGUGGCGAAGAUGGAUGAGCAAUCAUUUAUGGAUGAAGCAGUGAUCAACUCUCUUUUUGAACAGGGCCUCAUGGGCAUUGAGAUCGACCCGGAGUAUGGGGGCACAGGCUCGACGUUCUUCUCCUCCAUCCUCGUCAUUGAAGAGCUGGCGAAGGUGGAUGCAUCCGUAGCAGUGCUGUGCGAUAUCCAGAAUACCCUAAUCAACACUCUUUUCAUGCAACUGGGCACAGCAGCUCAGAAAGAAAAGUACCUUAACAGGCUUUCCACAGACAUGAUCGGCAGUUUUUGCCUGUCCGAGGCCGAAUCAGGCAGCGAUGCCUUCGCCCUGAAGACGCGUGCGGAAAAGCACAAGGACUACUAUGUCAUCAAUGGUUCCAAGAUGUGGAUCAGCAAUGCGGAAAAUGCUGGCGUGUUCCUGGUUAUGGCCAAUGUGGACCCCUCGGCAGGUUACAGGGGCAUCACCUGCUUCAUCGUCGACCGGGAAACGGAAGGCUUGGAAAUCUGCAAGAAGGAAAAUAAGCUCGGCCUGCGCGCAUCCUCAACUUGCCCACUCAACUUUGACAACGUCAAGGUGCCCGAGAAGAACAUCUUGGGCAAAAUUGGUCAAGGGUACAAGUACGCUAUCGGAAUGCUGAAUGAGGGCAGGGUUGGAAUCGCGGCCCAGAUGUUGGGGCUUGCACAAGGCUGCUUUGACCACACGGUUCCUUACACAAGGCAGAGAGUGCAGUUUGGAAAAAGGAUCUUUGACUUCCAGGGCAUGCAGCACCAAAUAGCUCACGUGGCAACGCAAAUCGAAGCCGCACGCUUGCUGACGUAUAAUGCCGCUCGUCUGAAGGAAGCAGGCAGACCAUUUAUCAAAGAGGCUUGCAUGGCUAAAUAUUUUACUGCUGAGGUGGCAACGUUGACCACGUCCAAAUGUAUCGAAUGGAUGGGUGGGGUGGGCUUCACCAAAGACUACCCCAUUGAGAAAUACUACAGAGACUGUAAAAUUGGUACUAUCUACGAGGGCACGACAAACAUCCAGCUGUCUACUAUGGCCAAAUUCAUUGAUAAAGAGUAUGACGUUUAA